CUGGAUGAUCUGGUUGAACUGUAAAGUGACCUGAGAUGACAUGAUGUGAAUCGGAGCUAUAGAAAUAAACUGAAUAGAAUUGAAUAGAGGGAGCUGUCAUGAAAGAGGGGCUCAGAAAGCUCAUCCAGACUAGUUUUAUUAUCAGCCACAGUCUCAUCUAACAGGAAACAGGCUCCAUCCACCAAUGAACUGUUUAUUAAUCAGAACUGAAUCAGUUUUAGAGCAGAAAGUCUCUGUGAAAAAGCCUCAAACUGAUCAACAAUAACCUGAACUCCUCUGAGUUGAUGUGCAGAGCCUGAACUUUCUACAGCAGCUUUCAGUGUAGAAAGUAUCUCAUCCUGUUAGCAGCAGCAGUUUUUCUCUUAUUCUACAGAUUUGAAUAAAAUCUUAUUCUAGAAACGUGCCUUUCUGUUUGAUGACAUCUAAUAAAUAAUCUGGUUCCAGUGAGAACCUGCAGAGGUGAUUUAAGGUCAUAGUUUGGCAAAGCUGAGAAACAUGAGAGGAUGUGGGCGGGUUGGACCUGCUGAUCCACUUUCUUAUUAUUCUUUCUGUUUCCAGAGAACUCAGAGUGAAACAAACCAGAAACUAACCUGAGGGGAAAAUAAGUUUAACUGAACAGAGAUGAAGGAGAAUCAUCAAACUGAUCAUUUUCUCCUGAACUGAAGUUUUUUCCUGUAGAAAAACAAUCAGCCUGAAUAACAGCAGGAAACACCUACAGACCCCAAACUCUGCAGCCAUCUUGUUUUUAUCUUCACUCAUUUUAAGGCCUUUAAUGUCGAAUAAUUAUUCUGUUACAGCUUUUCUUUUCUGAUCCUCUGCUGUUUGUUUUCUUUCUAACACAUUCAUCCAGUUUUGUUAGAUAAUCUAUAAUAGAUUUCAGGUUGAAAUAAACUGAUCCAGUGGUGAUACAGCAGAUAAACUAAUUCCUGCAGAUGUCAGAUGGAUCCUUAUCAAACAAUUAUCAGUUGAAUCAGUUUAUUGGUGGAUUCUCCUCAUGCUGAUUGUGCUCCAUGAGAUCCCACAGUGGACCAUGAUGGGACCAGUAAACCCAGCAGAGAUAUUAGCCCCCCCUUGUUCUCAAACUAGGGUCAGACUGAUGUAAUUAAGUAUUAAUAUCUGAAUCCUUCAUCAUCAUAGAAAGUUAAAUAUAUCUGGAUAUCAGGAGCUGGAAGCUUAAUGCGGCUGAAGCAGGAAGUCAUUUUAAUUCAACUAAAAUCGUUUCAUCUAUUGAGCUAAAACUCUGUGUUGAACAUAGAUUUUCAUUAGUAGAUCUCAUCAUUUUAUCCAUCAUAACUUGUUCAGACUUGGUUUGUUCUACAUUCCACCAGCAGCUCUGAUCCAACCAGGAACAAUAAAAACUGGUUUAACCAGGAACCUCAGAUCAACAGCAGAGGGAAACUUUAGUUACUUUCAGUUUGUCUGGAGAAACAGUUUUAGUAGAGAAAUCUUUCUGUUAGGAUUUGGUGUUUAUAGACAGAAGAAGAUGAAGCUGUUUGCUGCGUUUUUCUUCCUCCUUUACGCCUCUCAGGAUUCUUUGACUGUAAAACUUGAAGUUCAGGAAGGAGCUCCAUCUGUUCUGCUUCCCUGUCACUACAGCAAAGUAUUAGAAGAGAUUGUUACAGUGAAAUGGAGCCGCUAUGAUCUCAAUCCUGAUAUAGUUCAUCUACGGAGGGAAGGAGACGACCUACGGGAACAAAAUCAGCAGUUCAGAGGACGAACAUCAAUGAGACCUGAUGCUUUAGACUCCCUGGACUUCAGCCUGACUCUGAAAGACCUUCAACUUCCUGACAGCGGCGUCUACAUCUGCAGCAUGAUUGAUGAGACAGAAGAAGAAAUGCUGGCAGACGUUCGGCUGCAUGUCAAAGCCUCUCAGGAUUCAUUGACUACAAAAGUUGAGGUUUGGGAAGGAGCUCAAUCUGUUGUUCUGCCCUGUCACUACAGCGGAGAAUUAAAAGGGACUGUUACAGUGAAAUGGAACCGCUAUGAUCUUAUUCCCAAUACUGUCCAUCGACGGCAAGAAAGAGACGAUCUACGUGAACAAAAUCAGCAGUUCAGAGGACGGACAUCACUGAGACGUGAUGCUGCAGCUUCUGGUGACUUUAGCAUCACUCUGAGAGAACCCCAACUUCCUGACAGCGGAGUCUACAUCUGCUGGAUCACUGAUGAAACAGAAGAGAUAAAGCGGUCGGACAUUCAGCUGUCUGUCAGAGAAAUAUUUCCUACCUGGUCCAAAGUUCUCCUGGCUCUGCUGGUUCUUCUCAGUGUUUCUGGUGGCCUUUUGUUUCAUUUCCGUCAUUAUUUCAUAUCAGAUUAA